AUGGGGAAACUCAUUCGCCUCGAGCUUUUCAAUUUCAAGUCCUACAAGGGCCACCAUACCCUUUUAUUCGGCGAUGCAUAUUUCACUUCAAUUAUUGGACCCAAUGGGUCAGGCAAAUCUAACUCGAUGGAUGCCAUUUCGUUUGUUCUAGGAAUCAAGUCAUCUCACCUGCGAUCCACAAAUCUGCGUGAUCUCGUUUACCGCGGUCGCGUUCUGCGCACAUCCAAGGUCGAUGGAGAGCCUGCCAGCGAGAACGACGGCAACCAAGCGCAAGAAGCCGACGAUGCGGAUGUCUCCCACGAUCCGAGUGGAAACGACCCAAAGACGGCUUGGGUGAUGGCAGUAUACGAGGAUGACGCAGGUGAGGAGCAGCAAUGGCGCCGCUCGAUCACAAGCUCGGGAGUCAGCGAGUACCGCAUCAAUAAUCGAAUUGUUACGGCCCAGCAGUACAACGAGGCUCUCGAGGAAGAAAACAUCUUGAUCCGCGCACGCAACUUCCUUGUCUUCCAGGGAGAUGUUGAGGCCAUCGCAUCGCAGUCUCCCAAGGACCUGACGAGGUUGAUUGAACAGAUCUCCGGCAGUCUCGAAUACAAGGCCGACUAUGAGAGGCUGAAGGCAGAGGCAGAAGAAGCUGCGGAGCAGCAGACCUCGCAGCUCAACCGUCGACGAGGAAUCAAUUCGGAGGUGAAGCAGUACCAGGAGCAGAAGCGGGAAGCAGAGAACUACGCGAAGAAAGCUGAAGAGCGUGACCAGGCUAUUAUCACACACAUCCUGUGGAAGCUUUUCCACUUUCAGCGUCUGAUUGACGCGUCAAGUGCUGAUAUUCAGAAACACCAGGACGAGCUCAAGGAGUACCGCCGCGGAGUUGAGAAAUAUGAGCUUAAUGUUGAAAAUGCUAAGAAGGAGCAUGCGCGCGUCGGCAGGGAUGUUGCAAAGGUCGAGAAGAAUAUCGUGCAGAAAGAGAAGGAGAUCGAAGAACUCAACAACUCCUUGGUUCCUGUAGACGAGAAGGUGGACAUCACUCAGAGGAAGGUUGAGCGAUAUGCCUCGAAGAUUGCCGAGAUUGGUAAAGAGAAGUCAAGCCAAGCAAGCAAUGCCAAGCAGCUGGAGAAAAACCUUAAGCUUGUGGAGAAAGCCCAGUCUCAAUGGGAAGCCGACUGGCAGAAGACUAUGAGCAAGCAGGGUGGCCAAAUGAGCGAGUCAGACCGACAAGAAUACCACAAGCUCCGUGAAGAAGUCAGCAAGCGCUCAUCCGCCGACCAGCUUAACCUUGACAACCUACGACGUCAGCGCAAGACCGAAGCCGAAGCCGUGAACAGUUUGAAGAGCAAGUUUGAGAACACAGAGUGGCGACUGAAGACCCUCGAGGCAGAGGCUCAAAAUAUGAACGAGCGCAAGUCCACACUCAAUGAAACCAUCAAGUCGACCUCCAAGGAUAUUGAUCACAAGAAGAAGGACCUGAAUGCUUUGACAUCCGAGCGCUUGAAGGUGUCGCAAAUGCGGACCGAGUUUGACGAGAGGCUGCAAGUAGUGUUGAAGAAGCUGCUUGAAGCUGAUGAUGGCAAAAAGCAGACCGAGAAGGAGCUUCGCGCCAAGGAGUUGAUCUCUACGCUGAAGCGUAUUUUCCCGGGUGUCAAAGGCCGAGUCAGUGACCUUUGCCGGCCUAAGCAACGAAAGUUUGCGGAAGCCGUUAGCACGGUGCUGGGUCGUCACUUUGAUGCCAUCGUUGUGGACAACGAGAAGACAGCAAAGGAAUGUAUCCAGCACCUCCGGGACCAACGUGCAGGACAGGCCACCUUCAUCCCCCUUGAAACUAUUCAGGUCAAAGCACUUAACUCAAACUUGAAAGGAAUGCACCGGGGCAUGCGCCCAGCCAUCGAGACUGUCGAUUACGAUGAGUCUGUGGCUCGUGCGAUUAGCUAUGCUUGCGGAAACUCUAUCGUCUGCGACGAUCUGGCAACUGCGAAGUAUCUUUGCUAUGAACGAAAUGUUGAUGCCAAGGCUGUCACCCUCGAUGGCACCGUCAUUCAUAAGGGUGGUCUUAUGACGGGUGGCCGAGGCCCCCAGCAAAAUUCAAAACGCUGGGAGGACUCUGAGGUCGAGAACCUCCACAAAUUAAAGGAAAAAUUGGUGAACGAUCUUGCCAAUCUUCCCAAGAGCCACCGCCGGGGUUCAGAAGAGGAAACCCUGCAGGGCGAGCUGGUCGGUCUUGAACAACGAUUGAAUUAUGCCCGCGAUGAACUCAAAGCCCUGGAACGCAACAUCGAGAGCAAGCGCAGCGAGCUGGACUUUGUCAAGCGUCAAAUGGAAGACCUGCGACCCAAGUACACCGAGCGCAAGGAAAACCUCGACGAACUGGACGAGACGAUCGAAAAUUCCCAAGCCUCAGUCAGCGCAGUCGAAGAUGAAGUUUACCGCAAAUUCUGCAAGCGUCUGGGAUAUGAGAAUAUUCGCGAAUACGAGGCACAGCAGGGUUCUCUACAAGAAGAAGCAGCGCAGAAAAAACUCGAGUUUACCACCCAGAAGAGUCGCAUUGUGAAUCAGCUUGACUUCGAAAAGCAGCGCAUUCAAGCAACUGACGACCGUAUCAGUGGCCUCCAAGCCCAGUACGAGCGCGAUCUGGCCUUGGUUGAGGAGCUCAAGGGCCAGCAAGAAGACAUUCGGAACCGUUUAGAUGAAUACAGCGCCGAACUUGAGCUCCUGCGCGAAUCUCUGGAAGAGCAGAAGGCCCUCUAUGCUGAGUCGGCAGAAAAGCUGGCUGAACAGCGACGGGAACUCCAGAAACGCAGCAAGCAUAUCGAAGCCGCAUUGAAGAAUAUCAAUAGCCUUGAAGCUGAUAUGCAGCGCAAUUCUUCAAGCCGAUACGCUCUCCUGCGACGAUGCAAACUUGAAGAUAUUGACCUUCCGUUGACCGACUCCUCCAAUUCUCUCGACAGACUUCCCAUCGAUGAUCUUAUGCAGGGCGCCGAUCCGGAUGCCAUGGACGUUGAUGAAGCCGAUGAAGCCGACGAUACGCCUGUGAUCCAGGACUACGGAAUUGAGGUGGACUUUGACUCCCUUGGAGAUACGCUCAAAGAGGAAUCCGACGAUAAACUCGAAGAAGAGCUGCUGGAGAAGGUCCGUGCUCUUAAUAGUGAGCUUGAUAAAAUGGCGCCCAACACUCGAGCUCUCGAACGCCUUGAGACCGUGGAGAACAAGCUCCCGAAGGAUGAGUUCGAGGGGGUGAUGAAGAAGCGAUCCGACCUCUUCAACAAAGCCUUCACUCACAUUUCCGAGCAGAUUGGCCCCAUCUACCGGGAGCUUACUCGCAGUGCUAACUACCCGCUGGGUGGACAAGCCUACUUGGAUAUUGAAGACUCCGAUGAGCCCUAUCUCGAUGGUAUCAAGUACCAUGCAAUGCCCCCUCUCAAGCGGUUCCGGGACAUGGAACACCUCUCUGGCGGCGAGAAGACAAUGGCCGCUCUUGCUCUUCUCUUCGCCAUCCAUUCGUACCAACCUUCACCAUUCUUCGUCCUGGAUGAGGUUGAUGCAGCUCUGGAUAACACCAACGUGGCACGUAUUGCCAACUAUAUCCACGAUCAUGCUGCACCCGGAAUGCAAUUCAUCGUUAUCAGUCUCAAGACCGGUCUCUUCCAAAACAGCGAGGCCCUGGUCGGUAUCUUCCGAGAUCAGGUGGAGAACAGCAGUAAAUCCUUGACGCUUGAUCUUCGUAAAUACACCUGA